AUGAAAUAUAAUAGUUGGUAUUUCAUAUCUAUUCUUGCUUUCAUAUUCACACAAGUCUUAGCAGAUGAUGUCAUCACUUGUAACAGUACUCAACCUUGUCCUUUAGACAAUCCAUGUUGUUCCCAAUUCGGUAUAUGUGGUACUGGUGCCUACUGUUUAGGUGGUUGUGAUAUUAGAUAUUCUUAUAAUAUUUCGGCUUGUAUGCCAAUGCCUAAAAUGGAGUCAUUUACUCAUGCUUUUGAUUCUAAAGCUGUAGUGGAAGAAAUCGAACAACAAUACGAAUACUUGGGUAAUUAUUCUGAAGCUGAUUGGGUUUAUAGUGGUUGGAUCGAUUAUCAUGAUAAUGCUCUUUUGGUUCAAAUGCCUGCAAAUAGUACUGGUACAGUCUUAUCAUCAACUAAAUACGCCUGGUAUGGUAGAAUCGGUGCUACUUUAAAAACCUCCCAUGAUGUAGGUGUCGUUACUGCUUUUAUUACUUUCUCUGAUGUUCAAGAUGAAAUUGAUUAUGAAUUCGUUGGAUAUGAUACUAAAACACCUCAAACUAAUUUCUAUGCUCAAGGUAUUUUGAAUUAUACUAAUGCCAGAAAUUCUACUGUUAAUGAUACUUUCCUUUACUAUCAUCUUUAUGAAAUGGAUUGGACUGAAGAAAAGAUUGAUUGGAUUAUUGAUGGGAAUGUUGUUCGUACCCUUAAUAGAGCUGACACUUGGAAUGAAACUACUAAGCGUUAUGACUACCCUCAAACUCCUUCUCGUCUUCAAAUUUCAUUAUGGCCAGGUGGUGAUCCAUCGAAUGGUUUAGGUACUAUUGAAUGGGCUGGUGGUGAAAUUAGUUGGGAUACUCCCGAUAUUAAGAAUUACGGAUAUUAUUUCGCUUAUAUUAAGGAAUUCCAUUUGGAAGCUUAUGAUCCUCCAAGUGAUGCUCAAUUUGAUGGCAAUUCUACAAAUCCUAGCGAUUAUCAUGCGUAUAUUUAUAAAAGUAUCAGUGGAAAUGAACAAGAUGUUGCAUUUACUAACAAAAAAACUUGGUUAGGUAGUUCUGAUGCUGUUGGUUUCAACCCACAAAAUGAGAAUGAUCCAUCGCCCUCCGCAAAAUCAUCCUCCGAAGUCAAAACCUCAACUAUUAUUAAAACUUCUGGUUCUUCUACAAUUACAGCAGUUACUACCAUAGCUGAAGCUCCAACUGCUAAUGCUCCAGCUCAAAACCAAGCUCAAGCUGCCCAACAAACUCAAGGAAUCGGAUACGAACCAUCUAUGGGUUUCCGUCAAAACGCUGCAAAUACUGCUUCUAGUGCUGGUGAAGCAGCUGGAGUACAAGGUGUUUUGAGUGGAGUUGUUGGUGCCAUUGGAUUGGGCGUUAUUUCUUUCUUGAUUUAG